GCGGAGUAAAGACCUGACCAGUUCCUUCGUGCAACCCCAGGUUCAAGCCAUGGUUGAGUUCGACGUUUACGGACAAACGGUACAUGGGGAUAGCACCGAACUACGCUUAGCGAACCAAGAAAAUACGUCUCGCUUCCCGACAGUGCGACUAUUUGAGGCAUAGCUCUCCAAUCUCCGGAGUGUUGAAGUCGGCGCCGGCCACUUCAAGAUGAAGACCUGAUCUCGCCUGACAGAUGUCAAAGACCCGGUCCAGAUUGCCUUCAGAAGCUGGACUCGGUGUCGCAUGCUCAGAGACAACUACAGAAUACCGUUGUCCCUGACACUGAGAGAUAUGAAAGUUAAAAAGCCUGUAGCCAACAUUUCUUGAUGCGGUACGGAAAUGGUGACCCUGCAGGUCGAUUUAUAUCGUGCGUGAAACUUACUGAAACCAUUGGUACGCCUCCUUACCGUCAAGAUGGCAUGUGUCGCCGCGUCUGAGGCUGACAUUCCCACUGGGGAAAACACCGGUUUUCAACUGGCGCCAAGGCUAGUUGUAGUCGAGACACCAAAAUAGGGGCUUCAAGAAAUUGACAACAGGACUUGGCCCCCCUAACGAAGGCGCUGAGACAAUGAGGAGUGGCGCAGGCGUCUACAGUAUUCGUAGGUUGGAUCUUCUCUGUUUGUGUUGUUCUUCAUCCUCUUCUUCCUAAUAACUGCUUGUAUUCGGCUUUCUCCUUCUUCCUCAUCAUCACCAUCACCUCUGCACUAUUCGAUUGACGGAUUUCGCGGAGGAAACCAGUAGAUCAAAAUGGUUGCGAUCAAGACAACAGGACUUGCAUUGACGCUGGCUGGCGCGGCCGCGGCACAGUCAUCAUCGGUGGUCAGCGUCUUUUUUCCGGGUCUCGACUCCCAGACACUGUUGGGCUCGGUGAUCAAGUCGGAUUCCUCUAAAACUACCAUGGCCGUCGCAUGCCCUUCGGGUACAGACUCUAACGACUGCGGAAUCGUCGGUGCUAUCACUGUGACAGUCGGCGCUUCGACAUUUCAUGCACAAGAGUCGUUCGAGAGCACAUCGGUCAUCAUUGAUUGUAAGGUGUCAGGAACAACGGCUGCGGACUGCGCAGAGACAUAUGUUGGACCAGCGGGAUUGAUUGCGACGGACGCUCCAUCGUUGACCAAUACGGACGCUUCAUUCGAUACUUCGAUUACUUCAACCGUGACCAGCACGACCCUGGGCCCCACCGACAUGUCCUACGUUCCCGUCACACUUACCGAUUCUCUGGGUGAUGGAAGUGGCUCGUCGACGACGGCUUCCACUGGAGCUAGCGGCAGUUCUUCGACGGCGUCUGCCACUUCGGGUGGCGCGUCUUCUUCAUCAUCUUCGAAGACCAGCGGCUCAAGUGGCACCAGCAGUGGAAGUGGAAGUGCUACCCCUACUGCCGACAACAACAAUGGUGCCAGCGGAGGAGAUUCCCGGAUGCUGGCCUGGUCCGCAAUGGGCGCUGGUCUUGUCGGCAUGAUGAUCAUGCUACUCUAAAUCAUCCACAAAGCCCGUUUGGGGCCGGUCUUGGGAGCCUAGCAUAGGGAAGGACAAGGGUCGUGGAUCGUGUUUGUACUGGGAAGAUCGGGCAUCAGAUGAGUUAUGUGGGCUAGGCCAAGUGGAGGGUGUUUCGCACUCGGAUAUCAGCUCCGAACGCUGGCGCGGCAGGGUUAUCAACAGGGCAAGGACGGGGCAUCUGCCGCUCACCAUGGUCUCAGAUUCGGCACUCAGACGGAGUAAGGAGGUGGCUUGUUGCGAAGAGUGGUGGUGAGAUCUCAUGCACGAUGACAUCGCUAUGACAUGGUACUGGGGUCCUACUCGUGGUAAUUACGUAGGCGUGUUGAUGUUCCAGGCACGCAUGUGUUGUCGAGAAACAAUACCAAUAUACUAUUCAUUCCAUU